AUGAGGUUCAGGUACGAAAAUUACCAGCAGUUCCAGGCCAUGAGAUAUGCAGUGGAAGAAAUCAACCAAAGGUCUGACCUCCUCCCCAACAUCACCUUGGGUUUCUAUGCCUACGACUCUUGUGCCGCUCAACAAAAUGAGAUAAAGGGAACAUUGUGGAUGCUGACUGGCACAAAUGAGGUCAUGCCUAAUUACUGCUGCAGAAAAAGCCCCCCUCUAUCUGCUAUUAUUGGUCACUCAAAGUCCACUUACUCCAUGCUCAUUGGUCAUAUUCUUGGAUUAUACAAAUUCCCACAGAUCAGCUACUUCUCAACCAGUUCUCUUCUCAGUGACAGGACAACGUUUUCCUCCUUCUUUAGAACUGUCCCAAGUGAUGUCUUUCAGUCCAGAGGUCUGGCCCAAAUGGUGUUACAUUUUAAAUGGACAUGGGUCGGGCUCAUAGCUUCUAAUGAUGAUUAUGGCUAUAAAGGUUUAGAAGUUAUCAAACAGGAGAUAACAAAAGGAGGAGCUUGUGUAGCCUAUAUAAUAUAUAUGUCAAGAAACCUCAUUGAUCAAAACAUACAUAACAUUGUGCAGGUCAUAAAAGAGUCAAGUGCCAAUGUGCUGGUGGCCUUUUGUACGGACGUCUACUUAAUCCCUGUUCUGGAUGAGAUGCUUAAGCAAAAUGUAACUGGAAAAAGUUUUGUUGCCAGUGAAGCUUGGUCCAUUUCAAAUGUCUUAACUGUGCCAAAAUACUCUUCUUUGCUGUCUGGAACUAUUGGCUUUGCUUUUCAUAGUUCAACUAUCCCAGGGUUUCAAAAUUAUUUGAACUCCAUUAAUCCGCUCAAUACACCAGGGACAAUGUGGUCAACAUUUUUCUGGGAAGAAGCAUUUGGGUGCACGUUUCCUAACCAGACAAACCACUCUAUUAUUGUGAAUGAUCUAGAAAACCCAUGCACAGGAGAUGAAAAUCUAGAAAACCUUCAGAACAGCUAUAAUGAUGUUUCCAGUUUAAGAGCUUCUCACAAUAUCUAUACUGCUGUGUAUGUCAUAGCAAAAGCUCUGGAUGACCUCAACCAUUGCCGAACUUUGGCUGGGCCAUUGUUUAACAAAUAUUGUUCAAAGUUAAAUAACUUUGAGCCAUGGCAGCUUUUGCAUUACUUUAAGAAAGUCCGGGUAAAGCUAAGCAAUGAUCGAGAAGUUUACUUUGAUGAGGAUGGAAAUCCACCAGCUGUAUAUGAUAUAGUGAACUGGCAUCUGGGGUCAGAUGGCACCAUAAGGCAGGUGAAAGUUGGAAACUAUGACGCAACGGAUACUUCAAGAAAUAUAUUUAGCAUCAAUAUUAGUGCAAUAUGGUGGCCAACAGAAAAUAAUGAGAUUCCAUUUUCUGUUUGCGGACAGAGCUGCCCAGUGGGGUUCAGGAAAGCGCCAAGAAGAGGAAAACCAGUGUGCUGCUUUGAGUGUGUUCCAUGUGCCCAAGGAGAGAUCUCCAAUCAAACAGAUUCCAUUGACUGUUUGAAGUGUCCCUGGAACAUGUGGCCCAACAGCAGAAGAGACAGAUGUUUUCCAAAACCCAUUGAGUUCCUUUCCUAUGAAGAUUCUUUGGGAAUCACACUGGCAGCAAUAAGUAGUUUCUCUUGUGUAGUUCCAAUUUCUAUCUUUCGACUUUUCAUUCAUUAUAAAUCCACCCCAAUUGUGAGAGCCAAUAACCAUUAUGUAAGCUGUAUUCUUUUAGUAUCUUUAUCUUUCUGCUUCCUCUGUGCUUUGGCUUUCAUUGGUUACCCACAACCUGAGAAGUGUCUUCUACGUCAGGCUGCAUUUGGUCUUGUCUUUGCCCUCUGUGUGUCCUGCAUUUUGGCCAAAACUAUUAUAGUUGUAUUUGCCUUCAUGGCCACUAAACCUGGGAGCAGCCUCAAAAAAUGGACAACUCCGUAUUUGCCCUACAUGAUCAUUGUCAUUUGCACCCUUAUACAAUUCACUUUGUGUGUUUUAUGGUUGACCAUCUCUCCUCCUUUCCCUCAAUACAAUAUUGAAGCCAAACCUGGAAUCAUUGUUGUAGAGUGCAAUGAAAACUCUCCAUUUGCCUUCUGGUGCAUGCUGGGAUAUCUUGGAUUUUUAGCCUCUGUCAGUUUUACUGUUGCUUUUCUGGCCAGGAGGCUCCCAGACAACUUCAACGAGGCCAAAUUAAUAACAUUCAGUAUGUUGGCCUUCCUCAGUGUCUGGGUGUACUUUAUUCCGGCUUCUCUCAGUGCCCAGGGCAAGUAUACUGUUGCCAUGGAGAUCUUUGCAAUUCUGACUUCCAGCUGGGCCCUUGUGGUCUGCAUGUUCCUCUCCAAAUGUUUCAUUAUAUUGUUCAGACCCAACAUGAACUCCAGAGAAAAUCUCAUGGGGAAAGACAGGGGAAGGAAAUAA